CGAUCAUCGCUGAACCAGAACCCCCUGCCCCUCACACUAAACACUCGAGGCAAGUUUGCGUCUUCUGGGCUUCGGCUGCAUGGUCAGCAAGCAGCUCGUUGGCGGGAGAGCGCGCAGAGCUGCGGAGGUGCGCUUUGAGGGACGUGGCGUCAUUAAUUGCCUUGCAUAGCGCGCCAACGCUCGUCCCGCUGCGGCAACGAUGGCGUCUCGAGGCGUGGCUGUGCACCCGCAGCGAGUGUCGGACAUCCCAUGGCACGACAGGCUGAUCGGCGGGAAUGCACGCAGCACGGGCUCCACGGAAUGGCGGAAAAUAGUGCGGCACGCUCACGCGUGCGUCGUGGCGUCUGGGUAUCGCAUCGUGCACCCUUAGAGCCCGUGUUGUUUAGAUCCGCCUUUUUGGCGCGAAGCAGCGAGUUUAGGAGAGGUUGCGGCAGGGAGGUGAGUGGGCGCGGGCGCGUGGCGGACGCUUCCGCCUCGCCUCGAAUCUCCGCCGCUGCGGAAUCUACAGGUGCGCCCGGCGCUGGUAGCCGCCCCGCGCCAUCCAAGCCCAGGUCUUCCCGACCCUCAGCCGCAGGCUCGAGACGCGACCGACCCUCGGGGGGAGGCGGGGGGGGCGGAGGGGGAGGCGCACGGAGGGGCGGGGCGGGGGUGCGGCGGGCGCGCGACGACAGCGUGGCGCGCAAGCUGGAGCGAUUCCACGACGGGCCCGAGGGGCCGCCGCUGCGCGUGCUGCCGAUCGGCGGGGUGGGCGAGAUCGGCAUGAACUGCAUGCUGGUGGGCCACCGCGACCGCUACGUCAUGAUCGACGCCGGCCUCAUGUUCCCCGACUACGACGAGGUGGGCAUGCAGCGCGUGCUGCCGGACACGGCGUUCAUCCACCGCUGGCGCCACAAGAUUGAGGCGCUCAUCAUCACGCACGGCCACGAGGACCACAUCGGCGCGCUGCCCUGGGUGCUGCCAGCGCUGGACCCCUCCACGCCUGUCUUCGCCACGGGCUUCACCAUGCAGCUGGUGAAGCGGCGCCUCAAGGAGCACAACCUGCCGUUUGAGAAGCGGUGCAAAGCAGUGCAGAUGCGCACGCCGUUCACGGCGGGGCCGUUCCAGGUGGAGCCGGUGCGCGUGACGCACUCCAUCCCCGACUGCUGCGGGCUCGUGCUGCGCUGCGACGACGGCACCAUCUUCCACACCGGCGACUGGAAGAUUGAUGAGGACCCGUUGGACGGCCGCAAGUUCGACCGCGAGUUCCUCGAGGGGCUGUCCAAGGAGGGGGUGACGCUGAUGAUGAGUGACAGCACCAACAGCCUGGCCCCCGGGCGCACGACGUCGGAGAGCAGUGUGGCGGCGGCGCUGAUGGACGCCGUGCUGGCGGCCAAGGGGCGCGUCAUCACCACGCAGUUCGCCUCCAACGUGCACCGCCUCGGCGCUAUUAAGGCCGCUGCUGACGCUGCUGGCAGGCGCCUGGUGUUCCUGGGCAUGUCGCUGCGCACCUACCUCGAUGCCGCCUUCCGCGACGGCCAGGCGCCCUUCGACCCCUCCGUGCUCCUCAAGGCGGAGGACAUGAGUGCCUUCUCCCCGCGCGACCUGCUUAUUGUCACCACUGGCUCUCAGGGUGAGCCACGCGCCGCCCUGAACCUGGCGUCGUACGGCACGAGCCGCAUGCUGCAGCUCAACUCCGACGACACCGUGCUCUAUUCCGCCAAGAUGAUCCCGGGCAACGAGACGCGCGUGGUGAAGAUGAUGAACCGCAUCGCGCUGCAGGGCCCGCGCAUCCUGCAGGGCCGCGAGCACGGGCUGCACACGUCGGGCCACGCGUACCGCGAGGAGCAGCAGGAGGCGAUCCGGCUGGUGCAGCCGCAGCACUUCCUGCCGGUGCACGGCGAGUACGCCUUCCUGAAGGAGCACGAGCUGCUCGCGCAGCGCCAGGGCAUCCGCCACACCACCGUGAUCAGCAACGGCGAGAUGGUGGGCGUGGCACCGCUGCGCAACUCCAAGGUGGUGUCCAACGGCUUCUACCACCAGCCGCGCGUGCACCUCGAGACCAUGUACAACGACGGCGGCAUCGCGUUUGGCAAUGCGCGGGAGAUGGCUGUUGGGGAGAGACUGCACGUGGCAACAGAGGGGAUUGUCAUCGCCACCGUGGAGGUGUUUCGCGAGCCGCCCGGCGAGGACCUGCUGGAGGUGUUCACGGACGCCGACGAGGACGACGACUCCCAGGGCGACCGCAGGGGGCUGCACGGCCGCCUGCAGAUCCGCACGCGCUGCCUGUGGGUGGACCGCGGCAAGCUCACUGAGAUGAUGCACGCCGCUGGCAUGGGCGCACUCAAGAAACUCAACAGGGACGCGUCGCUGUCGCUGGUGGAGCGCACCAUAGCGCAGGUGCUCCGCAAGGCUGUGCAGCGCCACAGCAGCCGCCGCCCGGAGGUCAUCGUCACCGCCGUCGACUCCUUUCAGCCGCCCGUGCCGCCGCCGCCCGCGCCGCCUCCCCCCUCCAACCUCUCCGCCGACCUCUCCGCUUUCGCACAGCGGGGCGCCAAGGAAGGCACAAAGGCAGAGCAGGCGCAGGCAGCAGGGGAGCAGGAGGCUCGGCAGUGGCAGCGGCGGGAGCAGCAGGAGCGCGAGCUGCAGGCAAUGCUGGCUGCGGACGAGGAGGCUGAGGGCGCCUUCGGCCCCACGGCGCAGGGGACAGGGAGGCGGCAGGGUCGGAAGGGUGGCAGGGGAGGGCGCGAGGGGGGUGAGAGCACGGAGAGUGACUUCAGUGACGGGGGGUACAGUGGUAGCAGCAGCGAGGAGGAGGGCUACGGGCCGAGUGGAGGGGCUGCAGGUGUGCGUGCUGCUGCUCCUGCUGCUGUGGCGGCAUCAGCCGGGGAUAAAAUUAGCUCGGUGGGGGGUUGGAGGGAGAUAGGCUCUGGGAGUGUGUUGGAAGGGGGAGCUCCUGGGGUAGGAGUGGAGGGGCAGCAGGGUGGGGAAGAGGAGCGGGAGAAGGGGAAGGCAAGCAAGGCACGGAGGGGCAGGCGUCGCUCGGGUGGUGGCAGCAGCACGGAUGGCAGCAGCGGCGCAGACGAGGGUGAGGGCACGGGGGGGGCGGCACGUGUGGAGGGGGCAGAGGGAGAGCUGGCAGGUGGGGCAGAGGGAGCAGCGAGUGGCGGCAAGCCAAGGAGGAAAAAGCGCAGCGCGAGUAUGGAGGUAGAGGGGGGUGGGGAGGGGGAGGCGGGCAACGCUGUGGAGGGUAAGGCAGGCAGUGCUGUGGAGGGGGUGGGAGGUAGUGAGGCAGAGAGGGAGGAAGGCAAAGAUGCGCUAGGGCAAGUGGAGGAAAGUGAGAAGGACAGCGAUGCUCCAUGGUUGGAGUUGCCCCAAUAGCAGUGGCAGUGUGGCGAGGUAUACAGUGAUGCUCACUGCAUUCAUUCAUGCAUUGCUUGUCCCUGAAUGGGAGGUGGGAGCUCAUUGAUGUAACAGCCAGGGAGUAACAGCCAUUGGUAGAAAGUAAUAUUGGUAGUACCUCCAGUAACAGCCAGUAUUAACAAGUUGUAACACCAGAGUCAGUGUUACAGCCUUGUGAUACUUCAAGACUUGAACAAGGAUCUUUGCUGGAAUGGUAGACUAGUAAGACAGCGGAAGUCUUAGAACGUGUAAGUGUUUGUUAGAAUGAGAACUGAAUGAUGAGUAGAGAGAGAGUACAGGUGAAUAUACCUAAGUGUUGUACCCUCUAAGAGAUGGCCCUAUACAGUCUAUGCAAACA